AGCCAUUUCGGGAGGAGCGGCCCCGCGUCCUUCUGCUGUUUGGAACCCCGGCGGGGCGGCCGGGCCCGCGGUAGCCUCGUCAACUUCACCCCGACACCGACACCAACACCACCACAGGCGGCCUCGGCAAAUUUCGCUCGGCGUGCAGAGUAAACGCGUUCGCCUGCUCGGGUUUUUUUUUCUCUCCCUUCCACCCCCCCCGGCGGUGCAGUCCGCGGUCUUCUGUCUGCAAUCGCGGCAGUGGCGGCGGUGGUGUGGGGGGCGGGAGAUUAGCAAGCAAAGGCCCGAGGCCGCCGGGGGGGUGGGUGGGCUGUGGUUUCGCCCGCCCGCCUGCCCGUCCACCGUCAACCCCCCCCCCCCCCCCGUGUCUCCCUCCACCUCGGCCUCUCUCUCCUCCUCCCCUUGCGGAGACCGCGGUUCUCCUGCCGCGUUCGUUCGAUAGAAACGCGUCGCAAUUGUUGCAUUAUGUUUGGCCGUAACGUGCUCGUGUAGAGACGUAGAGAGAGGGAGAUAUUGUGUAGACAGGGGCACGCGUGCAUUGCCGCCGCUGCCGGCGGCGGCGCUUGCUGAAGGCCGAGAGGCGGGUUUGCCUGCGAUUGACUGGGAGUCUGGGAGUCGCAGUCAGCGGGCGAUAUCGAUUCGAGUCGUGGGUUGGAGGAGAUGUCUAAUCACCGCGACUACAACGUGAAUGCGUAAACGGGGUGGAGGAGGAAGAGGAGGAGCAGGAGGAGGCCUUUGCUGCUGCUGAGGCUGCUGAGGCUGCUGCUGCGGGCGAGGCUGCGAGGCUGGCCCUGCCGGGCCUCUUGCCGGCGUCAUGUCCGCCCGGACGCCACUGCCGACCGUCAGCGAGCGGGACAGCGAGCACAACUGCGGCGGCACGGGCGAUGUGCGGUUGGAGCCCGUCGGCGCAGCCAAGCCGAGCGUGCGGGCCGGCAUGCCACGGUGCCGCUCCUCCGUGGCCGACGAGAUCCCGCACGUGGGGAACUACCGCCUCCUCAAGACCAUUGGCAAGGGCAACUUCGCCAAGGUCAAGCUGGCACGCCAUGUGCUGACAGGCCGCGAGGUUGCCAUUAAGAUUAUUGACAAAACGCAGCUGAACCCGUCGAGUUUACAAAAGCUUUUCAGGGAAGUGAGGAUAAUGAAGGUGUUGAACCACCCCAACAUAGUUAAGUUAUUCGAGGUGAUCGAGACAGAGAAGACGUUGUACUUGGUGAUGGAGUACGCCAGCGGAGGGGAGGUGUUCGAUUACCUGGUCGCGCACGGGCGGAUGAAGGAAAAGGAGGCACGGGCGAAAUUCAGACAGAUUGUGUCCGCGGUGCAGUACUGUCACCAGAAGCUCAUCGUACACAGAGAUCUGAAGGCGGAGAACCUGCUCCUGGACGCCGACAUGAACAUCAAGAUCGCCGACUUUGGCUUCAGCAACGAGUUCACGGUGGGCGGCAAGUUGGACACGUUCUGCGGGAGCCCCCCCUACGCCGCGCCCGAACUCUUCCAGGGCAAGAAGUACGACGGGCCCGAGGUGGACGUGUGGAGCCUCGGGGUCAUCCUCUACACGCUCGUCAGCGGGUCGCUGCCCUUCGACGGACAGAACCUCAAGGAGCUGCGGGAGCGGGUGCUGCGAGGGAAGUACCGCAUCCCCUUCUACAUGUCCACGGACUGCGAGAACCUGCUCAAGAAGUUCCUCGUGCUGAACCCUCUCAAGCGCGGCACGCUGCAGCAAAUAAUGCGCGAGCGCUGGAUGAACGUGGGCUAUGAGGCGGAUGAGCUGAAGCCGUACGUGCAGCCCGAGCCCGACAUCACCGACCUCAAGAGGAUCGAGGUGAUGGUUGGCAUGGGCUACACUCGGGAGGAGAUCAACGACUCGCUGACCAACACCAAGUACAACGAGAUCACGGCCACCUAUCUGCUGCUGGGGUGCAAGCCCUCCGAGCUGGAGGGCGGUGACUCGCGCUCGGCAAGCAGCCUGUCGCUAGCUCGGCCGGCGCGCCCCAGCAGCGACCUCAACAACAGCUCCGUGCCGUCGCCCUCGCACGGCAAGGUCCAACGCAGCGUGUCGGCCAACCAGAAGCAGCGGCGCUACAGCGACCACGUUGGGCCGCUGAUGGUGCCGUCGGCCGUGUACGGCAAGCGGGGGGGCGGUAUGUCACCGGUGGCCGGCGGGGAGGGUGGCGGCAUGGGAGGCCACGAGAUGGCCGUGCACGGGAUCCGCAAGGCCGGAUCUGGGGGCGGUGGUGCCGGGGUCACGGUGCUGCCGGGUGGUGGCAGCAUGGGGCCGGCGGGCAUGCCGGGGAGGCCCGACCUGGUGCCCGCCAGCCCUGCCGCCAACGUGCACAAGUUGGACGUGAUGGGCCGCAAAAAGGCCGGCCCUCCUGGGGGCAUGCUGCUGCCGGGCGGCAUCAGCCGGAGGAACACGUACGUGUACGGGGAGAAGGCUGGAGGGGACCGGCAGGCGGCCGUGCAGAACGGCAAGGACAGCAGCCUAACGGAGGUGUCUGGGGGCACCGGCGUGGGCGGGGCCCUGUCGGCGGGCUCUGUGCGGCCCCGACACCAGAAGUCCAUGUCGGCGUCGGGACAUCCGGGCAAGGGGGGCCUGCCCCCCAUCGAGGACAGCGAGGGACCCGGGCGGCCUGUGACCCCACCCGGCGGGCCGCAGCGAGCCGCGGCCCCCGCCUCGUCCCCCUCGGCACACACCAUCGGGGGCAGCACCCCGGAGCGCACGCGCUUUCCCCGCGGCAGCACCAGCCGCAGCACGUUCCACGGCGUGCAGCUGCGCGAACGCCGGCACGCCGCCCACAACGGGCCCCCCGCCUCGCCCAGCCUCUCGCACGACGCGCGCAGGUCAACCGCCGCGGCCGGCGGGGGACCCGGCGGCCUGGGGGGACCCGGCGGUGGGCCCACCACCCCGAACCUCUUCUCCAAACUCACCUCCAAGUUCAGCCGCAGAAAUGUGUCGUUAAUUUUUUCCAAAAGCACCCGACACUCGACGGCGAUCGGAGGUGGAGGCACGCUGUCGAUGUCCGCCACUUCCGGGGGGAUCGUGGGGGCCGGGGGGCCAUCCGAGGCUCGCGACGACGGCAAGGAGGUGAAGCCGCGUUCGCUGCGCUUCACGUGGAGCAUGAAGACCACGAGCUCCAUGGAGCCCGACGAGAUGAUGCGUGAGAUCCGCAAGGUGUUGGACGCCAACGGCUGCGACUACGAGCAGCGCGAGCCCUUCCUGCUCUACUGCGUGCACGGCGACGGGCACGGCGACGACCUGGUGCAGUGGGAGAUGGAGGUGUGCAAGCUCCCGCGCCUCUCGCUCAACGGCGUGCGCUUCAAGAGGAUCUCGGGCACCUCCAUUGCCUUUAAGAAUGCCGCCUCGCGCAUUGCCAACCAGCUCAAGCUGUGAUGGUCCGGCCGGCCGCCUCGUCAGCACCGCUCCCAGCUCGCUCGCCCGCCCGUCCGCUCGCCCGUCCGCUCGUCCGUCCGCUCGCCAGCCAGCCCUGGCGUGAGCCCGCCGUCUCGCCGUCCCGCAGUCUCGCCGGCCGCCUUAAUCAUCGUCGGCUUGGGAAGAGCCACCCUGCGGCUCCGUCGUCGCGGGGGUCCUGGGGGGCGGUGCCGUCUCGCGUCGACUCAAAGCACAUUGGGGAUUCCCCGCACCGCCUCCCAGAAGCGGCCAUCCCUUGCGCAUCCAAACGCCCUCUGCCAGUGGCGGCCUCGCCUCCUCCUCCGGCUUCUCUCGCGACGGUGGCGCCGUCCCAGCCCCCUUCGGUACCAGCCCCUCCGCCUGGUGGCCACCAAGCUUCAGAAUGCCCCAGCUCUGCCAACUUCCAGUACAGGGACCGCUGCGCCGUCGUCCUUCAACAGCCGCCCACUCAACCACCGUGCUCGUCUGCCUGCCUGCCUGCCUGCCGCCACUCGGUGCUGCUGCUGCUGCUCCUGCUGCUAUUCUGCUGGCGCUGUUAGAGUCUCUGGUGGCGCGCGGUCGCCAUAACCGCGAGACUCGACGCCGAAGUUGGAACACUUGGCGCCGCGUUUGAUUUCGCGAUCGUUCUAGUUUUAUUUCUUGGCGGCGAAUUGGGAAGUUUUAUUUGUUACGCGUUUUAAGUUUUUGUGAAGAAACACGAGAAUCAAGCAAGCAGCUGUGUAGCACACACGGGGCCCCGGAGUCCACCCCUCUUUGCACAUUCGUCCUCGGGCUCUCAAGUAUUUGUGGUGGUGGCCGACGAACGAAGCCGUUGGGAGUUUUCAAAUGAAGGAAAAUGGAUACAAGCAAAAAAAAAUCUGGAAAAUUAAUAAGUAUAUAUAUACGCGCACACGGGAUGCAAUAAACGCGUGGGGACGCGUGUACGGAGAGUUCCGAUGCCACACGGCGUCAUCGCCGCAGCAUUCGUGUGGAUAAACCUGUGUGUGCGUUGCUUUAGCCCAGCUGUCUGCACGCAGCCUCCAUCACUGGGCACACUCCCCCCCCCCCCCCACGUCACCACCCCCAGCCCCCCUUCUAAACCCUAUCUUAGCCGACUUCUAUACAUCUCUGGGCACCACCUCCUUCCUCUUCAUUCCCUCCAGCCCAGCUACUCUCCACACCUCGUGGCUGUGGCUGCUGCGCUCCACUCCGUUCACGUCUCCUGCACUCCGCUUCCUGAAGUCCCUCACGGCACUUCGUGUCAGCCUGGGCCGCCAGCCUGCAAAGUCGUCCUCGCCUCCUCCCGGGCGCAGUGUCCCCCUCACUUUCGUCGGCUGAGGCUUCAGAAAGCAUCAGACGUGGCCCGCAGCAAUCCGGAGUUGAAGUUCUGGGACAUGCGCAGUCUGCGGGGAGUACUUGCGUGGUCUGAAUUUGGUGUUUUGCAGCAGCCCAGCCUCACAUUUGACCCUGCCACUCAAAAAACGCGAGCUUAAGGACCGCCCCUUUCGUGCCAGGCUGGGGGCAGUGCCCACCAUCCGUCCUCUUUAGUGUGCCCAUCACUGCCAUCCUUUAGCCACGGCCAUCUUUAUUAUUUGUCGAGAAACUGACACGUCCGCCCGUCGCCUCUUGUGAAUGUACGAUAGGUCAAGGCAUCUCCACUGGCCCCCUCCCCGUCCCCUGCUCCGUCGUGCCACCCUUCCCCUGAACAAGAGAGCACUACUCCACACCCACCACCCCAAACAACUAUUACCGGAUCGGCACGUGCCAUGCCCGUCUGCUUUGUUUACGUUUGCUCUCGCUGCGUUACCGUGGAAUGUGCCUCCGUUCGCGCGGUCCGUCGGAGCUGUGACGCGCAAAAAGAGAAUAUAGCGGCGAUUUCUGGCGAUCGGGGCUUAAUUUCUCGGUGCGUUCCGGGUCGCCGGUAGACUGGAGUGAGUGGCGUGCGACUUAAAUAGCCACAGCCAAAGCAAGAGUGGUAUACUGGAUGUGGUGUCCUGGGUGCAGAAAUGUUUACUGGGUCUGACCCCGGCUGAAAUUUAGCCCUGGCUGCAUUAAUCGGAGCCAAAUCCUCCACCCCCGGCGCAGAGCCCAACCCGUGACCCUGGCCACCCCCUCUCGUCCUGUGGCUCCAGCGCGUUAAUCUGUAGCAACUGUCCAUGCGUAGCCCUGAAGUCUCUAGGUUUCUAGUCCCAGCCUAUUAAUGGAAAUCCUUUGCCCUGUACGAUUCUGCCCGUGGAUGUAAAUGUUUAAAAAUUGGACGGCGGAAGGGUACAGAUUGUUAAAUGGGCAUCUAUGUUAGUGUGCUGAUGACUGUCACCAUCAACACAACCGCCAUCACCACUAAUCGUGACCAUAACCACCUUCAUCACCACUGCGGCCAGCAUCAUUACCAUCGUCAUCCACCAUAAAAAAUAUCACCACCAACCACUGCAAUCAUCACUCCCACCACCCUGACCAUUAUCACCAUCAUCCACCACCACAUGUGUCACCAACAUUCCCACAACCACCACCACCUUUAGCCAUGUGCACAUCCCCAGCCACCCACCACUUUCCCGUGUCACGAUGCAACAACUCAGCGGUGGACACCACUCACUCCGUGCCCCCCCCCAUCCCCCACCCCAUCCCCCACAACCGGUGGAGCCCCCCCCUCUCCCAAGGCGUCCAACGCCUCUUGUUUUUGUACGAAUGUUUGUUUGUGAAGUGGAGUGGUGGCGCUGAAUAAAGUGAGAACAGGA